GGCUCGGCGAGGGCUGCUGCGCGUCUCCGAGCUGCUCGGGAGCGCGCCCCGGGGCUCCGCCCUGACUCCCGUAGCGGCCUGGGUCUGCAUCCUGAGGCUGGAGCUGGCGGGUCCCGGACAGGAAAGGAAGACCUAGAGAUUUCAAGAUUUGCGAAAGAAACAAGCUUGUGCCGUUCUGAAGACGGAAAAUUUGGGAACUCAUAAAAUAGGCGGAGGAAUAAAGACACCAUCUGAGAAGUGGAAACUGUGUGAAGCCUACCAUCAUUGAUUCCAGGUUCCAGCCCACAGUCUACAUGGUCUGAAAAACUAGAAGCCAAGGCAUUAACCCAAAGUUGGCCCAGACAACCUCUUUGAAAUGUGGUGGUUUCAGCAAGGCCUCAGUUUCCUGCCGUCAGCGCUUGUAAUUUGGACAUUUGCUACCUUUAUCUUCUCAUACAUCACUGCGAUUACACUCCACCAUGUUGAUCCUGCAUUGCCUUACAUCAGUGAUACUGGUACAGUGCCUCCAGAAAGAUGCCUCUUUGGAGUAAUGCUGAAUAUUGCUGCAGUUUUAGGUAUUGCUACCAUGUAUGUUCGUUACAAACAAGUUCAUGCACUUAAUCCUGAAGAGAACCUUAUCAUCAAAUUCAACAAAGUUGGCCUUGUACUUGGGAUACUGAGUUGUUUAGGACUCUGUCUUGUGGCAAAUUUCCAGAAAUCAACACUAUUUGUUGCACAUGUAUGUGGAGCUGUGCUUGCCUUUAGUAUGGGUUCAUUGUACAUGUUUGUUCAAACCAUCCUUUCCUACCAAAUGCAACCUAAAAUCCACAGCAAACAAGUCUUCUGGAUCAGACUCCUGUUGGUUAUCUGGUGUGGAGUAAGUGCACUAAGCAUGCUGACUUGCUCAUCAAUUUUGUACAGUAGUGAUUUUGGUGCUGAUAUAGUACAGAAACUACACUGGAGCCCUGAGGACAAAGGUUAUGUGCUUCACAUGGUCACCACUGCAGCCGAAUGGUCUAUGUCAUUUUCCUUCUUUGGAUUUUUCCUGACUUACAUUCGUGAUUUCCAGGGCUGACCAUUUGGUAUUGGAUAACCAGUGAAUGUGCUCUUCUCUAGGGAAGACUAUUUUUCCCUUUCUCAGCAAAUUACCUUUUGAUCAAACUUGAUAUUUAAUAUUAUUUAGGACAUUAAUAUUUAUAAUAAGGUCUUGUAUAUUUCUGGAAUGAUGUCAUAUAGAUAUUUCAUCAAUGUAUAAAUAGAUACUUUUCUUAUCUCUUCUAGAGUUACCCGUACAGGCUUACUACAAACUGAAAGGUCAGGAAAUAUUGACUUAUAAGUACCAUGGAACUUUUAUCAUGUACAUUUUGCCUCUUUGCAGGAUAUCCUGAUUUAUUAUGAAGGACAUAAUAUAGAGCAGACCUAAAACAAAGAAAAAAACCUGAGACUUUUUUGAGACAGUCUGUGUGUGUUCCAGCUUGUUCUUAAACUCAUGGUGUAGCCUAGUAGCCUACUUAACCCAGGGUUUCCUUAGUCUCCCAAGUGAUAGGAUUAUUGGCUUGUACUACCAUGCUUGUCUGUUAAGGUUCUUUAAGCACCUGUUUCAAACCUAAGGCUUGUUAAUUGACUUAAGAAGAAAAGAGAAAAUGAAAGCAAAAAUGUCCUGAGGUACUUAAAGCUAAAGACACCAAUGGAAUACCAAAAAAAUACCCCAGGUAUCCUAAAUUUUGCAAUCAUGAUAUAAUGCACAGAGAAAUCUAUUGUUUAGAAAACUGACAGGUCACCUGAAAACAACAAAGAUUCCAGGAGUCUCCCCAGUGCACAAAGGAAGCCCAUAGGAAUAAAAUGGUAGUCAUAGAAGCCCAUAGUAGUCAUCACAGAAUAAGGUGAGUCCAUCUCUAGCAGGAGGCCAACUCCUCUGCAACUGCAGUCAGAUUGCUUCUGAUCGCCACACAUUGAAGCCUGCCAGUGGAAGGGCGGACUGUUCCUGGAGGUAACAAUUAGUCUUUUUUUAUACUUCUGUCAUUUGUAGAAAAUAUCUGACACAAUGUUUAAAAAAAAAAUGCAAGGCGUAAAAGAACAGAAAACAUCGAUCUAAAGAGGAAUCUGAGUAGAAGCAAACUAUUGGAGACUAAUAACUGUGGUAAAGUGUUGAGGGAAGUAAAUAUGAAGACUCAAAAUUGUAGUAAAGACUUGGAAAAUUCAAAUGCAGUCCUAGAACCGAAUUCCACAGUUGGUAAGUUUUGUUUUACUAGUAUGAGUCACUUGAUGAAGUCUUGUGUCAUCUCACCUGGCAUAUAAAUCAUCCCCUUGUUCCUGAAUCAUAUUGUAUAUUUUAGUGGAUGUCCUAUUUGUCAAAUGCAAACCUUGUGAUUGAGGUGCCCUUUCUUUACUGGAUGUGGCUCAAAACCACAAGUGCAGUAGUGAUAUCAAUUUAGAUAUGUUAAAGAAAAGCCACGAAUUAAAUCCUUUAUGUAACAACA